AACUUAUUUCUCAUAAUAAAGUUAAUCAGUAAACUGUGCGACCUCUGCCCUACUGUUUCCUUCGCUGGUCUGAGAGGAAGUUUUACUUAUCAUUUGGGAUUAGAGGUUUGGAAGUUAAGAAAGCAGAAGAAAAACCAUAUUACAAAAUUUUCAGGAACUCUACUUAAAUUGUCAAACUGGUGUGCUCUUAAAAGACCUAUCUUCUCCUUCCUGGUGUCCUCAAGAUGUAUUAGACUACAGCUGUCAUCUUGCCCCAAUCAGCAUAGGUAUACAUCCGGAUCCAAUGAUUUCUACAGCGAAAGAUACUGACGUGUCAUCCUACUCACAGUACAACACUAUGCAUUUUUGCCCAAUGCAGCCUCCAAUCACUUUACCACCUUAUUAUUCAAGUUUUAGUCUUCAUCCUCAACAAUCUGAAGAAUGGCACUCCCCUGUAAUGUAUGAACUUGAAAAAAUGCCAUCUAAUAACUUACAAACCAAGGAGACAGAUCUGGUAGACUUUCCUGUAGCCAAGAAAUCUCGGAUGGGUCUACUCUCUGGAAGAACAAAAGAUAAAGAGCUGUGUGUUGUCUGUGGUGACAAGGCCUCUGGAUAUCAUUAUAAUGCCCUGACUUGUGAAGGCUGCAAAGGUUUCUUCAGAAGGAGUAUCACUAAAAGUGCUCAAUACAAGUGUAAAAAUGGAGGAAACUGUGAGAUGGACAUGUAUAUGAGGAGAAAGUGUCAGAACUGCCGUCUACAAAAGUGCAAAGCAGUAGGAAUGCUGGCAGAAUGUUUGUUAACUGAAAUCCAAUGCAAGUCAAAACGACUAAGAAAAAACACGCCACAGCCCCCAGAGAACACUAUUAGUGAAGAUCCUGAGAGAUUUGACCUGAAGCAAGUGUCAUCUACAACUAAAUUGUGUAAGGAGAAAGUAAAAUUAAGCUCGGAACAACAGAAUCUUCUUCGUUAUAUAAUGGAUUCCUAUAAUAAACAGCGGAUACCUCCUGAAGUUACCAAAAAACUUUUACAAGAGGACUUCAGUGCAGAAGAAAAUUUUCUUGUUUUAACAGAAAUGGCCACUAGCCAUGUUAAAAUGCUUGUGGAGUUCACUAAAAGAUUACCAGGUUUUCAAAUCCUGGAUCAUGAAGAUCAAAUUGCUUUGUUGAAAGGUUCAGCAGUAGAAGCCAUGUUCCUUAGAUCAGCUGAAAUCUUUAACAGGAAACUUCCUAGAGGACAUGCUGAUCUCUUAGAAGAACGAAUUCGCAACAGUGGUAUCUCAGAUGAAUACAUAACGCCUAUGUUCCAUUUCUAUAAAAGUAUUGGGGAACUCAAGAUGACACAAGAAGAAUAUGCUCUGCUUACAGCAAUCGUUAUCUUAUCACCAGAUCGGCAAUACAUAAAGGAUAGAGACUCUGUUGAACGGCUUCAAGAGCCUCUCCUUGAAGUUCUGCAAACAUUCUGCAAGCUUCAUCACAUGGAUAGUCCUCAACAUUUUGCUUGUCUCCUUGGUCGCCUUACAGAAUUACGGACUUUUAACCACCAUCAUGCAGAUAUGUUGAUGUCAUGGAGAGUUAACAAUCACAAAUUCACACCUCUUCUUUGCGAAAUAUGGGAUGUGCAGUGACAAGGCUGGUUUUUACUGGAUCGUAAAUAAGUUAGCUGGGACAACAAACUUGAAUCCAUAACAUCAGUGUAUUCAUUCAGUGUUUUUGAAUUGUAAAUAUUUUCUUAAA